GGCUUUCACGUCCGGGGCUAGUGGGGCGGAGCUGGGGUCGCUGUUUCCCAUGUCGGCUCCUUUCGAGGAGCGCAGCGGGGUGGUUCCCUGCGAGACGCCCUGGGGCCGCUGGUACCAGACUCUGGAGGAGGUUUUCAUCGAAGUCUUGGUGCCGCCGGGCACCCGAGCUAAGGACGUCAGCUGCAGCCUGCAGAGUCGGCACAUCGCGCUCUCUGUGCGGGGCCAAGAGGUGCUGCAGGGUAAACUUUUUGACUCUACAGUAACUGAUGAAGGAACAUGGACAUUAGAGGACAGGAAGCUGAUACGAGUUGUUCUAAUGAAGACAAAUAGAGAUGCUGGAAAUUGUUGGACUUCUCUAUUAGAAAAUGAAUAUGCUGCUGAUCCUUGGGUACAGGACCAGAUGCAGAGGAAACUUACACUGGAGCGAUUCCAAAGAGAGAACCCUGGAUUUGACUUCAGCGGGGCAGAAAUUUCUGGAAACUACAGCAAAGGAGGACCAGACUUUUCUAGUCUUGAAAAGUAAACUGUUUUUAUCUGGGUCCCAUGAGAGGAAUCACACAUUACACUUAAGGACUGGAACCAUGUAAUUGAAGUCUUCAAUGAUCCCUUCAACAGAUUGUGGUCAAGUAAUUACUUCAGUGAAGAGAAAGAUCUCUUCGGUAGAACAAAGACAAAGUGUUACCAGCUGCUUUAUAAGCUGUGAUAAAUUUCUAAUACUAAGGGACAAACCUUAGAGAAAGUUGUACACACAAAUCCCCCAUCUUUUAUCAGAAUGUUGAUUUAGGGUUUGUUUUGUUUAGACAUCACAGUAAACUGGUCAGUUACAAAUACACCACUUAUCUUUAUGCAAUAAUACAUUAUUAAUCAUUGAAGAUUAGAUCUUGUAAACAAGGCAAUAUUUCCUCUUAACCUGCAACAGGAAGGAUAUUAAGAUGGCUACAGCUACACUUUCCCCACGGCAACCUUCUGAGAACUCAGAAAUGUCAUUCUAAAUGAUUUAGAUACAGAAACUGAUGCAUCUUGCUUUAAGAUUUUACAAUCCACUGUGCUAAUACAGCACUAAUGAUUAUUACUUGCUACCAGGUAAGCAGUACUUUAAAACUGAAGGGUAGGAUCAAAAUCUAGAUACAGGUUAAUUUUGUAUGUUAAUGUAAUGUAGAGUUUCAAUGUAAUUUUUUUUUUUUUAUUUAAAAAAUAACAUAACUACUAAAAGGAAUAGGAAAUCUCUAAGUGAGAAAUGGUACCUUGCAUCUAUUCAUCACUAUCAUAUAGCACUAUGUGUUGGUGAUGUAUCUAAGAAGCUAUAGAUUCUUUUUCUAGAUACAGUUUUAAGGCCUCAUUUUAAACUUAGCUAUUGCAUGAUCCAAUAUAUUGCAUGUGCCAAUUACAUAUCAGGAAAUUUUCUGCUCACCGUUAAGGAUGCAGCAGAGAAUGUUCCAGCCACAGCAUUGUACAGGAUGAAAGCUGUGUCAAACACACUAACAGGAGGAAAACAUGAUUGUCAACUCCUGUUGAACACUAAAACCUGUAAAGAAGUCCAAAGCAGAAGUCUCAACUGGAGAUAAAUUGCCAGCAGCUGUCGCAUCAUACUGCUGAGCCUCAUUUCUGAAAUUGGAUCACUCUUUCAGUUGGCAUAUGGCAAAAAUAAAGCAACAGUUGAGGGAGAAUGCUUUUGUUGUAAUUAUAUCCUCCCCUUUCUCAUUGUAAGAGCAAGUGUUAACGCUCCUGAUGUAUAUAUGCUUCUCCUGCUGUGUCAUCUUUGCAGAAUGUGAAGUAAGUCCAUACGCUCCCCUUGGGCUGUAGAGAGCUUUCCUGACUAUGUAAAGAAAAGUUAUGUGGUAUCGAAUGUA